UCACGUUUUGCUGGUUGCUAAUGUCAUGAGACUCAAGUGCUGUGACUGGCGACGUUGCGGCCGGCUUUUUUUCGUCAUUUCAGCCGCAUAGAACUAUUGUUUAGGGAGAUUUAACUGUGAGAAGAGCCAAGUACGACAGAAUGGGCCUGCUAGCGAAGACUCAGUACACCGUGUACAGCAUAACCAGCUUCGUGAUCCUUUGCGUUGCACUGUACUAUAUUCUCUCUGGCAAAGGGUCGAGGUUAGACUUUGGAUGGUUCUUGGAAGGAAUCUCGCCGUACAUGUGGUGCUGUCUUGGGAUUGGUCUCUCCAUAUCACUAUCUGUUGUUGGCGCAGCCAGUGGCAUCUUCACAACAGGUGUGAGCAUCGUGGGUGGGGGUGUGAAGGCUCCACGCAUUCGUACCAAGAACUUGGUCUCCAUCAUCUUCUGUGAGGCAGUGGCCAUCUAUGGCAUCAUCAUGGCCAUUGUGCUUCAGGGCCAGAUCAACAGAUUUAACGACGACACUCUCGACUACAAACAGAAGGCACUCAACUACAUGUCUGGCUACAUCAUGUUUGGAGCAGGCUUGGUGGUUGGCCUGGGCAAUCUCUUCUGCGGGAUGUCUGUGGGCGUUGUGGGGUCAGGUGCUGCACUGGCUGAUGCAGCCAACCCGGCGCUCUUUGUCAAGCUGCUUAUUGUGGAGAUCUUUGCCAGCGCCAUUGGACUGUUUGGCCUCAUUGUGGCUGUCAUCAUGCUCCCUCUUAUCCGCCACUGUCCAGAGCUCUUCUACUCCAGCUGGGUCAUUGUGAACUUCUUGCAGCGGGGUCUCUCACAUUGGACACUCGUCAAGUGAAGAGAUGCAACUGCCAGGAUCGUGUACUUGUUUCAGCAGAGUGUGUUGUUUCUCACCUAACCAAGCCACUACUAUUCUUCGCCUGCGUAGUGCAACCUGCUCAGUUUCCUACAUUAUCAAAAAAGUGAUCCCGUUGUAAGACCUUCUGUCCAUUGCAUAACAGUCCCCAUUGCCUCUGGCAAACAUGUUUAGAUGUCUUCUUGUAAAAAAAAAAAAAAAAAAAAAAGCAACACAUCAAGCAGCGACAUUAUAAUGGACAAUUUCUUGUGCAUUCUAGUCUGGUGGCUUUUGGCACAAAUCACAGUGAACAGCUUGGACUCUCAGAUUUUUCUCUUUCACCUCUCCUUCUGUGGCAAGUUUUGUACUGCUCCCAAUUGAUAAAAAAUGGCCUGAAGUCCAAAGAAUGUGCCGCAAGUGUGUGAACCUAAUCCCAUUAAUAGCAUACCUAUGCUUAGUAUGGCAAAUGUUGUGGAUAUAUAGUUAAGCGUGGAAAUAUUUAUUUGUACAUAUGCGACAGUUGGUGUGUUGCUGCUGUGUGCAAAGAUAGUAAAAAUACAGUUGUCGAAA